AGAGGGUGGAAAAAAGGAGGAGUGGGCAAGGAGAAGAGACAGCGGUCAGCUGCGAACCCCAGGAGGGGAGCUGGCAGCCUGAGCCAGAACUGGAUCGCUAGCCAGAGCCGGGCACCAGGAGGCAGUCUCCCGGGGGCUGGUCAGCCCUGCAGGAUGCACCUCGGGCUCUUCUGCAUCUUGCUUGCUGCUGCGGUCUCAGGAGCUCGGGGCUGGGGCUACUAUGGCUGCGACGAGGAGCUUGUGGGACCUCUGUUUGCCCGCUCCCUGGGUGCUUCCUCCUACUACAGUCUCUUUACCACGGCCCGCUUUGCCCGCUUGCACGGCAUAAGUGGAUGGUCACCCCGGAUUGGGGACCCGAAUCCCUGGCUCCAGAUCGACUUAAUGAAGAGGCACCGAAUCCGAGCUGUGGCCACUCAGGGCUCCUUUAAUUCUUGGGACUGGGUCACACGUUACAUGCUGCUCUAUGGUGACCGUGUGGACAGCUGGACGCCAUUCUACCAGCAAGGGCACAACGCGACCUUCUUCGGGAACGUGAAUGAGUCCGCGGUGGUGCGCCACGACCUCCACUUCCACUUCACGGCGCGCUACAUCCGCAUCGUGCCCCUGGCCUGGAACCCGCGCGGCAAGGCCGGCCUACGCCUGGGCAUCUACGGCUGCCCUUACAAGUCCGACAUACUCUAUUUUGACGGCGACGAUGCCAUCUCGUACCGCUUUCCGAGAGGGGUCAGCCGAAGCCUGUGGGACGUGUUCGCUUUCAGCUUCAAGACGGAGGAGAAGGACGGGCUGCUGCUACACACCGAGGGCGCCCAGGGCGAUUAUGUGACCCUCGAACUACAGGGGGCGCACUUGGUGCUGCACAUGAGCCUGGGCAGCAGCCCCAUCCAGCCAAGACCUGGACACACAACUGUGAGCGCUGGGGGCGUCCUGAACGACCAGCACUGGCACUAUGUGCGCGUGGACCGAUAUGGCCGUGAAGCAAAUCUCACCCUGGAUGGCUAUGUGCAUCGCUUCAUUCUCAAUGGCGACUUUGAGAGGCUAAACCUGGACACCGAGAUAUUCAUUGGGGGUCUAGUGGGUGCUGCUCACAAGAACCUUGGCUAUCGACAUAACUUCCGUGGCUGCAUGGAAAACGUAAUCUUUAACCGGGUCAACAUUGCGGACCUGGCUGUACGGCGCCAUUCCAGGAUCACCUUUGAGGGUAAGGUGGCCUUCCGUUGCCUGGAUCCAGUUCCACACCCCAUCAAUUUUGGAGGCCCUCACAACUUUGUGCAAGUACCUGGCUUCCCCCGACGAGGCCGUCUCGCAGUUUCCUUUCGCUUCCGCACCUGGGAUCUCACUGGGCUGCUCCUUUUCUCCCGCAUGGGAGAUGGUCUGGGUCAUGUGGAGCUCAUGCUCAGUGAAGGGCAGGUCAAUGUGUCCAUUGCACAGACUGGCAGAAAGAAGCUUCAGUUUGCAGCUGGGUACCGUCUGAAUGAUGGCUUCUGGCAUGAGGUGAAUUUUGUGGCACAAGAAAACCAUGCAGUCAUUAGCAUUGAUGAUGUGGAAGGGGCAGAGGUCAGAGUCUCAUACCCACUGCUGAUCCGUACAGGGACUUCUUACUUCUUUGGGGGUUGUCCCAAACCAGCCAGUCGAUGGGGCUGCCACUCCAACCAGACAGCAUUCCAUGGCUGUAUGGAGCUGCUCAAGGUGGAUGGUCAACUGGUCAACCUGACUCUGGUGGAGUUCCGCCGGCUUGGAUACUUUGCUGAGGUCCUCUUUGACACAUGUGGCAUCACUGAUAGAUGCAGCCCUAACAUGUGUGAACAUGAUGGACGCUGCUACCAGUCUUGGGAUGACUUCAUCUGCUACUGCGAACUGACUGGCUACAAGGGGGUGACCUGCCAUGAGCCUUUGUAUAAGGAAUCCUGUGAGGCUUAUCGGCUCAGUGGGAAAACUUCUGGAAACUUCACCAUUGAUCCUGAUGGCAGUGGCCCUCUGAAGCCAUUUGUAGUGUAUUGUGAUAUCCGAGAAAACAGAGCUUGGACAGUUGUGCGACAUGACAGGCUAUGGACAACUCGGGUGACAGGUUCCAGCAUGGAGCGGCCCUUCCUGGGGGCUGUCCAGUACUGGAAUGCAUCCUGGGAGGAAGUCAGUGCCCUGGCCAAUGCGUCUCAACAUUGUGAGCAGUGGAUCGAGUUCUCCUGCUACAAUUCCCGGCUGCUCAACACUGCAGGAGGCUAUCCCUACAGCUUUUGGAUUGGCCGAAACGAGGAGCAGCAUUUCUACUGGGGAGGCUCCCAGCCUGGGAUCCAGCGCUGUGCCUGUGGGCUCGACCGAAGUUGUGUGGACCCUGCUCUGCAUUGCAAUUGUGAUGCUGACCAACCCCAGUGGAGAACGGACAAGGGCCUGCUGACUUUUGUGGAUCAUCUGCCUGUCACCCAGGUGGUAGUAGGGGAUACAAACCGCUCCAGUUCAGAGGCCCAGUUCUUCCUGAGGCCUCUGCGCUGCUAUGGCGACCGUAAUUCCUGGAACACCAUUUCCUUCCACACUGGGGCUGCACUACGUUUUCCUCCAAUCCGUGCCAACCAUAGCCUCGACGUCUCCUUCUACUUCAGGACUUCAGCUCCCUCUGGAGUUUUUCUGGAGAACAUGGGGGGUCCUUUCUGCCAGUGGCGCCGGCCUUAUGUGCGGGUGGAACUUAACACAUCUCGGGAUGUGGUCUUUGCCUUUGAUGUGGGGAAUGGAGACGAGAACCUGACUGUACACUCAGAUGACUUUGAGUUCAACGAUGAUGAGUGGCACCUGGUCCGGGCUGAAAUCAAUGUGAAGCAGGCCCGGCUGCGGGUGGAUCACCGGCCCUGGGUCCUGCGGCCCAUGCCUCUGCAGACCUAUAUCUGGCUGGAGUAUGACCAGCCCCUCUAUGUUGGAUCUGCAGAGCUUAAGAGACGCCCAUUCGUGGGCUGCUUGAGGGCCAUGCGUCUGAAUGGAGUAACUCUGAACUUGGAGGGUCGUGCCAAUGCCUCUGAGGGCACCUUCCCCAACUGCACGGGCCACUGUGUCCACCCCAGGUUCCCCUGCUUUCAUGGAGGCCGCUGCGUGGAGCGCUAUAGCUACUACACAUGUGACUGUGACCUCACGGCUUUCGAUGGGCCCUACUGCAACCAUGAUAUCGGUGGUUUCUUUGAGCCAGGCACUUGGAUGCGCUACAACCUCCAGUCAGCACUGCGCUCUGCAGCCCGGGAGUUCUCCCACAUGCUGAGUCGGCCAGUACCAGGCUAUGAGCCUGGCUAUAUCCCUGGUUAUGACACCCCAGGCUACGUGCCUGGUUAUCAUGGCCCUGGGUACCGCCUACCUGACUACCCACGGCCUGGCCGGCCUGUGCCCGGUUACCGGGGGCCUGUCUACAACGUGACAGGAGAAGAGGUCUCCUUCAGCUUCAGCACUAAUUCUGCACCUGCAGUCCUGCUCUAUGUGAGCUCCUUUGUGCGUGAUUACAUGGCUGUUCUCAUCAAGGAAGAUGGGACCCUGCAGCUGCGUUAUCAGCUGGGCACCAGUCCCUAUGUGUACCAGCUAACCACCCGGCCAGUUACUGAUGGCCAACCCCACAGUGUGAACAUCACCCGGGUCUACCGCAACCUCUUCAUUCAGGUGGACUACUUCCCAUUGACAGAACAGAAGUUCUCACUGCUGGUGGACAGCCAGCUGGACUCGCCCAAGGCCUUGUAUCUAGGGCGUGUGAUGGAGACAGGAGUCAUUGACCCGGAGAUACAGCGCUACAACACCCCAGGUUUCUCUGGAUGUCUGUCUGGUGUUCGAUUCAACAAUGUGGCUCCCCUCAAGACCCACUUCCGAACCCCUCGGCCCAUGAUUGCUGAGUUAGCUGAGGCCUUGCGAGUUCAGGGAGAACUGUCAGAAUCUAACUGUGGAGCUAUGCCACGUCUGGUCUCAGAGGUGCCACCUGAGCUUGAUCCCUGGUAUCUUCCCCCAGACUUCCCAUACUACCAUGAUGAUGGAUGGGUUGCCAUACUUUUAGGCUUUUUGGUGGCCUUCCUGCUGCUGGGGCUUGUGGGAAUGUUGGUGCUCUUCUAUCUGCAAAAUCAUCGCUACAAGGGCUCCUACCACACCAAUGAGCCCAAGGCCACCCACGAUUAUCAUCCUGGGAGCAAAACUCCCUUACCUCCUUCAGGCCCUGCCCAGGCCCCUGCCCCCACACCAGCUCCCACCCAAGUUCCAGCCCCAGCCCCAGCCCCAACCCCAACCCCAGCCCCAGCCCCAGCCACUGGCCCAGGUCCCCGGGACCAGAACCUACCCCAAAUCCUGGAGGAAUCCAGGUCUGAAUGAUCAGGAGAAGGGCUUGCUUCAAGGACCAAGUCCAACUCCUCUGAAUUCCCCAUUUCCUGCCUCCCUACCCCCAUCCCACCCCAUCAGGGACAUUUGGCUCCUCUUAGCUGGCUCUGCUCACCCAGAGAGUUCUCCUCCUGCCAAGUUUGGUGGGCAGAGCUACAGAUGGGACCAAAGGGAGUGGCUGAGCCUCACUGCCUAGACCAAUGCCCUGCUCACCCACUUCCCCAGGCUCCUGGCUGUUUGUCCGCCCCAGAGGAGAAGCCUUAUGGGGUGGAGACAGGCCCCUUCCUGCCAUCUCUGUCCCAGCUGCUGCCGGGGAUUAACAACAGAGUGUACGGGAGAUGAACUGCCUCCCUUCCCACAUACAUCAUCAGCAGGGACAGAUGUGUGGGAUUGCAGGGCUGCACAGGGCAUGGGGGGAGGAGGCUGCUAAUACACAUCCCCCAGCCUCUCCCUUGCCCUGCUGAAUGUCUUCCAUCUGCUUCAUCACUGUCCCCCAUCCCCCUUUUGUUUUUACAGAGACCAAGUGGCCUCAGUUUAGCACUUUAGUACUUCCGCUGCUUCACAUGCUUUGGCCAAAGCCAUAAAAAAACAAAAACAAACCCUGCAAGUAGAGAAAUAAUGCAGAUACCCUGCCAGCCAACCCUCUACGCUUAAACCCCUUUCUGAGAUAUGCAAUAGCCUUGGUGCCAGGCCCCCUCUCCAAUGCAUGAGGAGCCCUCUUUCCUCCGCUCAGAGAUGCUGCUUUAUUUGUCUGGGAGGUCCUAUUCUUUAUAUAUAUUUUUGUUUGCAAUGUCUCUCUCUAGAGAAACUAUAUAUUAUUCUAAUUUUCUAAUUAUCUGUUUAUAUAUAAAAGAAAAACUCAAAUCAGCUGUCCUGUCCUGUGCUGUGCCCACAGUCUAGUGAGCUCCUCCUGUGUUGGACAUCUCUUGAGUUCUGUUGGCCACUCACCCAGUCCACUAGGCCUAGGGCAGAGCCUGCAGUGCCCUUGACUCUGAGCUGGUCCAAUAAAACAGAGUGGCAGAGCUCCA